AGGCUAGAGAGAGUGGCAGCGUUGGAGGUCAUGUGAUCAGUGCAGUGCACUCGCAGCAGCGCUGUCCCGUCUGCUCUCAUUCACUCACAGAGACUGAGAGACGCACAUGAGGACUGCCAAACCUGACAACUCUGGAGCAUGAGGAACUCUUUAAUUCGUUUACGGACCGAAUCAACAACAUUAUUUUUUUUAACAGUGUGGAUUAACCCUUAACAUUUAAUACAAUAUUUCUAUUGCAUAAUAUUUUUUCACUUCACCUGAAUAAUUUCCUGCACCAGGAAACUUUUACUGGGACAUUAACUAUCAGUCUGAGAGAUGGAGGCAGAGGAGAGUAAAAUUUCAGUGUGGGUUUGUCGCGAGGAGAAGCUCGUGUCGGGCUUGUCGAAACGCACGACCUGCGCAGAUGUGAUCCGGGUUUUACUGGAGGAGCAGAACCUGGAGCCGCGCGUGUCUCUCUCGGGCUCUCCUCAGUCCUACUGCAUCGUGGAGAAGUGGAGAGGGUUCGAAAGGAUUUUACCGAACAAGACCAAGAUCCUGCGACUGUGGAGCGCGUGGGGAGAGGAACAAGAAAACGUCCGGUUCGUGCUGGUGAAAAACGAGGCAUCUCUCCCGAGCAACGGGCCGCGGAGCGCAGAGGCGCGCGUCGUUCUCAGCAAGGAGAGCCCGUGCGUCUACAAGGGGACCGCAAGAGUCACCAUGGCUCUGUCACAGGAGAAACAAAGACGGAUAGUAAGGAAAGCGUUCAGAAAAUUAGAUAAAAUCAACAAGAAAAGAGCUCAGGCUGCAUCCAAGGAUGCAUCAUGUAUGGAGAAGAUGGAGACCCUUGUGCACCUGGUCAUUUCUCAAGACCACACCAUCCGCCAGCAGAUUCAGAGGAUAAAAGAGCUCGACAGGGAAAUCGACAGGUAUGAGGCUAAAGUUCAUUUUGAUAGAAUGAAGAUGCACGGGAUAAACUAUGUCCAGGAUACGUAUUUGGUGGACGCCAACCCUGAUAAAGUUGUCGAGGGGGACAAAACCAGCCCCGAAGAAGCUCUCGCGCAGUUUGAGGAAUACGCUCAGAGAUGCGAGGAGGUCAUCAAACUGCAAGAAGAGCUGGCCGAGCACGAGGCCCUCAUGGAGAGCAUCACCACUGAGAUACAAGAGGAACUCAACCAGAGAUGGAUGAAAAGAAGGCACGAGGAACUCGCGAAUAAAGACGCUGAAACCGCUUCUCAAGAAGAAAAUGAUGCGGGAUCUUCAGCGGUGGACGACGGCGACUUGCUUUUGGAAGAGGAAAGGAUCAGGACCCAACUCGACACCAGCUUGUACAUCGGUCUGCGGCUGAACACCGACUUGGAGGCUAUAAGGAACGAUUUGGACUUGACCGAGGAGAUAUGGGGGGCAAAAGAGAAAGAACUAAUGGAUUUAAUGGAGAAAGUGAACUCUUUGGAUUUGGAGGAGGACAGUGCAGACAAUGCGGAGCUGAAAGAGGAAAACACAAUAGAAGCAGACAGAUUGAUGCCUCUCGAGGGGGACAGUAGUGUGUGGGUGGAGCAGGCAAGAGGGCUUUCAAAAACAUGUGACGUGAACGAUGACGACUCAGAUACGGGACUCAGUUCAAUGCACAGUCAAGACUCAGAUAUCACACCCGUCUGUGAGUCUUUAGUGUGAGAAGCAUUCAUAUUAAGCCUGGCUGCAUCAUUGAGAUGAGCAACACAACACUGGCACAGUUUUUACAUUUUCAAACAGUCCUGGGAAAGUAAGAAAAGUACUUUCCUGCAAAUCAAAAUGAUCAUAACUAUGCACUUAUUGAGCAUCCUUGGUCAGUUUAUUCAUUUCUUUUUAUGUUGAUGUCUGCAAGAAUCAGUGUUAAUUUCAUCUAGACAUGAAUUGAUAACUUUGUGAAACACAUGCAGGAUUUCUGCACAAGACACCAUUUGAAGCAAGUGUGAUGGACACAUUCCAACACUGUGAAGAUCAAUUUUACAUUGCAGAAUAGUUUAUGAAUUAUGAUUACCCUAGUGAAAAAAUAUACUAAAAUUUAUUUGAAAUACAUUUAUUUUGUGCUAAGUAUACUAAAAAUCCAUGUGUGCUUCAUAAAAAUGCCCUGCAAUUGUACUUUUGUUAUAUUAAACUGGUAUACUUAAAGUCUAACUAAUUUUGUACUUAAUGCACUUUAAUUGUGCAAAACUAAACAUAUACUGAAGUAUAUUUGAUUGUGAUAAAGUGGAAAUAUUGCAAGUAUAUGUUAGGUACACUUUAAAUAUCUUGCAUGAUGUUAUACAGAGAUCAUGCAAUCUUUAUUAAUAGUGAUAUUAAAACACUUUUUAGGCAUAAUAUUAAGAAACGUGCAUUGUGCACUAAAGAAAUACUCCAAAUAAAGUUUAAUUAUAAUUUUAUAUCAGUAAGUCUUAGGUGAUAUGUCAAUAAAUAUGUUAAUGGAUUUGAAGUAUACUUAGUAUGAAAUAAAUGUAUUUGAAAUUGAUUUUGUUUACUAGGGUAGUUAUUUAAAGCUGAAGUGUGUGAUAUCUCUGCAUCCUCUAAUGCCGUUUCCAAAAUAGUUUUCAGAUGGAUUUGAAUGUUGGAAAUAUUAUAGUACGAUGUUUUGCCAGUGCAGAAGCAUGAAAUAAAAUCUCCCUGUCAUCUA